UUUGCUUUUCUCUUCUUUACAAGUUCCAGUCAAGUAGAUAGUUUUAUAAGAAAAUUGAGAAUUUUAUUCUUUGGUAUUUUUUAAUAUACUGGUAACCAUGUAUCAUAUGUGGAAAAGUGUUUUGUUUCUGUGAACUACAAUAAAAGCUCCACCAUAUUAUAGAUCCUAAUAUAAAAGCAGGUAACAGCUUGUGUCCAUACAAACGGGAUAGGUAAUGAUGCAGUUAGAAUGAGAAAAUUAAGUUUUCAUCAAACUGGAAAGGAGGGUAAAUUCUAUAAAAUAUGGUUGCCAUUUAUAGUUCACUUUAAUCAGAUCAUUGACUGAAAUACUAUCACUAUCAUCUUUACUGCUAUUUAUCGUUUUUCUUCUUCCCAAUCUUGGGCACAGGCUAUUUGCUGACAGGCAGACAAACUUUCUUAUCAACAGGGGUUAUUGACAUCCACUUUUUUUCUCUCUUUCUUCUUCAUUUCCUCUUGAACUUAAAAACAUUUGCUUAAUUAUGUAAUCGUCUAUUUAUAUAUUUGUAUUUGUAUUUUUUUAAUUUUCUUUGUUGUAUGGGUUAAAAACAUAAUUGUAUCACAUACACUGGCUAUUCUAAUUUCAGAUUUUGUGUUGUCUUACUCGUGUUUUCUCUGUGUGCUUGAAAAAAACAACACUCAAAAAUGACCACAGGGUCUCAAGUCAACAAAAAACGGAACAUUAUAAGCUUUAUAAAGUUAUAUUUAUUUAUAAUUUAUUGAAGGGCUACUGUAUUGGCCUGCACUGGUGUACCUAAUCAACUGGUAAGAUUAAUUAAUGUUCACAGGACACCAUAUGUAAUAUAUAUUAUAUUACAAACCACUUCCUCUUUAAAACCAACAACAAUCCUCUCUGCAGCUGAUGACUGUCCUUCUGACUGUCUCUGAACUGCACCUUCACACUAAGCUUGUACACACCAGACAUAUCCGGUGACACAGAAUAAUACUGAUAUUCUUAUAACCUCUUUUCUUACUCAAUAAUGUCAUAACCUGGUUGUUGAAAGCAGCCAGAAGAGUUACAGCUCAAAUCUCUUGCACAAUUCUGUUCACUAUCAGGGUAUGUAACACAGCCCUCAAUAAUUAAAGUACUCUGGUGGUGGAACAAUGUUUUUCUAUUUAAUAUUUCUAUUUAAUCAUUUUAUGUUUAAGGGAUGUGUAGCCAGUGGCUGGAGGCUUUAAGGCUCAUGCUUAACAUCCUGAGUCAUCCUGAGAAAUAUUUAAAAACUCAGUUUGACUCAGUGUGUAAAAGACCAACUGUAGUAUUUUAACGGCAGUUCUUGCUUUGAAGUCCUCUUCCUGCUUUGAGGUGAAGAACAAUAAAUACAGUGAGGCUGUGCACAAAGUCUCACAAGAGACUGAAGGAAACAGGAGGAGUACAAUAUGACCUAGCUUCUGUAUUUCUUAGUGGUUUUAUAACUGAAAAGGCCAUGAAGAGGAGCUUGGCAUGCAUUCUCAUUUUCAUUCAGCUCUUUGAAGCCUAUGCAGAGUUGAUCUUUAGGCAAGUGACAGAGAGCCAGUCACUGGAGCUCUCCUGUUCCCCUCAGCAGCAGCACGGCAGCCUGACGGGCCUCCACCUUUUCCACCUCAGCUCCCAGAGCCAGACGACCCUGCUGUCGAUGUCUGAGGGCAGCGAGCUCAGGGUCGACCCGGAGCACAAGGGCCGUCUGCAGCUCUGUGGAGGACUGGACUCCCUGCAGGUCAAUGUGACCAUAUCCCAUUUACAGCGCAGUGACACGGGACUGUACAUGUGGCAGCUGAGCUACAGAGAGAACAGCUCUGACCAGAUCCUUCUCAGCACUCAAAAGGUUUUCUUGUUGGUUGAAGGAACAGGGAGGUCAUGCCAGUGCUCUCCAAGUUACCCUCCUUUGCUUUUGACCAUCUUUACAGCAGCAGGGCUUUUUCUUCUCAUACUCAGCUGGCUGGCCAUAGCGAAAUGUGUAAAGGCGAGGCAUCAUCACAGACCACAACCUCCUACUCCUAUCUAUGAGGAAAUGACCAGGAAGCAGCAGAGCACCGGAAUCCCCCAAAAUAACCUUGAGGCCCCCUCACACCUGGAGGAAGUCAACUUCCCUGUGUAUGCUAAUCCCAACAUCCGACAACCCCAGGACAACUACUACGCCUGUCCAAGACAGCUCGCCCUCAGAGCCUGACGUGACUUCUGGCAUUUAGCUAAUGGUGCAGCAAACAUGUACAGGAAAUGACAGAAAUGUGAUAUGAGAGCGAGAAGUGACUUUUCACCUGGAAAUAAGAAAGAUUUCAAUUUGGUGGAACGAAAGCAGAGAGACAAACACCAAAUAACCAAAUGGCACAUUUUUAACAGCCAAGAAAAAAGGCUAUUUUAUUAAUAUUUGAAAGAAGCUCCAUAGUUCAUGAAAACAUUUGUUUCGGUGCAUGUCAUUUAACAAUCACAUUCUAUGAGGAGAAAGAGAUAUACAGAGAGAAAAAAUAAAACAUUACAAGCCACUGACUUUUCAUUAAAUCUCAGUACAGACAUUUUUACUUAAUAUUUCAAAAACAAAAAAGGCAAAAAAAAAAAAAAAAAAAAAAAAAAAAGCAGCCCUAAUCCCAUACCCCCCCACCCAACCCUCCAAGAAAACCGUAACAACUGAGAAAAAACCCCUUGAGGGUGACAGGCUAGAAUCCCACAGUGCUAAAGAGUGAGAAGCUCAUUGGUUUUAGGAAUACACAGCAUGGCGAUGUAGCGCUAGGUCAAUCUGAAUCAGGGGAAGGAAGCUGGAGGCGGGGGGCUCGACAUGACUCACCUCGCCACCCCCCUCCACCCCCUUUUAAAAAAAUAAAACAAAUAAAAACACAUUGGAUCCCAAAAACCCCUGCAAUAGAUCAGCCACUUAGAAGUAGGCCAUAAAAUCCCCCAUCUUCCACCCCCCCCAAACACUUGUGCAUAGUUUCAUGAUCCUUUACAACCAGCUCAUGUUUUACAAACAUCCUCCAAAAUGUGAAAAAUGUUCCACAAAAGUCUGAUUUAUCUAUUAAUAAUAUCCGCUGUGGGAGAAUGAGAGAGAGAAAGAGAGAAAGAGGAAAGAAAGAGUAAUGCACAAUGUUCCUGAAUCAGUCAGGACGGGACCUCAUUAAGAAAACACAAUAAAGAUUCAAACAUACAGCAUUUUGCAUGUUAUUCACUGUCUUUUUUUAACAAUCAAACUCAUUGACCAUUUUUUUUUGUUUUUAAAUGUAAAGCAAUUUUAAUAUAUAGAUUUAUAUAUAAAGCACUCCAUUUUCAUUUAAAGUCCAUUAUUUGGUUAUUAUGUAACUGCUACGGAUUUAGAAACAAAGGUAUUUUCUCUUCUUCUGAAAUCCAUAACUUUCAGUGCUUAGAAUUGUUUCUUUUAAAAUCAUCCUUUUUUUUUUUUUAACUCAUCAUAAAAAUGUACAUUAAAAUGGCGUGGAGUUGGUACUCUGGAACCCUGGCCUUCCUGAGACAAGAUCCACUUUUUCGUGUGUGUGCAAGAUAGUGAGCAAUUAUGUAUUUCUUUUUUCUUUUCUUUUUUUAUAUAAAGGAAAAAUAUAUAUAAUCAACAUAAAACAUACAGGCUUCAGAUAGUCCAUGAAAUCAAAAUACACACAGAACAAAGAAGGUUAACAGAACAAGACAACACUGUUCAAUCCCAGAGUUCAAUAAAUCUUCAUUCUGUGAAGUGUUGUGUUGCACUUUUUUUUAAAAAUGGAAGCAUUUGUCCUUUUUUCUCUUUUUCCAACAUUCCCAUAGUUUAAUUCUUUUGUGUUGCUGAUUUGCUUUCUGAACUCCAGAAAAAAACAAAGUGUUUGUAAACUGUCAGUGGCCUUGCAUGAAAACAAAUGACAACAUGAGUGAUUUUUGAACAUAAGUGAAAACAGAACGAAAGCUAACAAACCAAAAAGGUAGGCACCUCUGAAGUGAGCCCUAGAAGCCAAGGCUCAGUCUGAUGUCUUGUCCUUCACUCUCUCCAUUGCUCAGAUUUGGGAGAGCUGAAGUCCUUCUACCCCAAUCUAUGGCCACAGGUCUGCAAAAUACUUUUUUUUGCUGCAUUUUUUUUUUAUACGUAUGAUAUUUUUUCAGUUUUCUUGUUUUUUUUUUGUUUUUUUUAGGUUUACAGUCUGAAAAAUGGUGCAAUACUCAAUUAUGAUCCAUACUUUCUUGGAUUAUUCCACAAUGAAAGCCACUAAGGUAGAUAAACAUUACAUUUUAAAAACACACUUAUUUUAGUCCUUGAGUAAACAUUUACACAUGAACUGUCCCCUUCUCCCCUCAGUACUUGUAUCAUGUUGUUCGUUUAGCUGGAUGAGGGGUGAGGCUGACACUCAGUGCAAAGCUAGAGGCUAGUAACAAUUAACAUCAGAAUAUAGUUUUGACAAGCAAAAGAAAAAACAAAAACAACAACAAAAAGUAUACUGAAUUGAAAAGAAUCACAAGGCGGAAAUUCCUCCGCUGUAAUCACGAGCGUUCAUACAUAUUUUCACCUCACACACUAAACAAGUCAUUCAUACAACAUACAGUACAAGCAGCCUUGUGCAAACACUCAAAUACAACAGAUCUAAAUUUGCCUUUAUAUCGAUCUUUGUUUUCAACAACACUCGUAUUUCAAAUUUAAUUCACUCUGAACUGAUGCUAUCAAAAAUCUCUGAAGUGUAUGAAUGAGACAAAAAACCACUACAAAAAGUGUUCACAUUACAUUAUUGGCGCUUCUUUUGAUUCAAGUAUUUGUUUUCAUUAUUUUGUAUUACUCUGAUAUGUUUAUGAUCUUGUCUUCUGGGAAAUAUAAUGUUGAGAAGGAUACACAGGGUAAGGGCUGAAAUCGAGGGGGGGGGGGGGGCUUAGGCUAAGUGGAAAACAGAGAUCUAGCCAUAUACACACAUACAUCCAUUAUGUACUCUCAGUUGUAUACUGUAUAUGAACUAGCAUGUGCAUAUUCAACCCAGGCCUUUUUUUUUUUUUUUUUUUUUUUUUUUUAAA